CUUGGGCUUGCUUUUUUAGGGAGGAAUACUAUUUGACAGAGGGUCUUGAAUUGUUUACGUGUUUCGCUAUCCGUAUUUGCUCCUCAGCUUGGUUUUUGUUCGCCGUUAAUCGAAUUGCACAGUUAUAAAAAGCCAAAGGCCAACAUUUGUCGCCAGUGUGGCGCGGCUGUUUAUUCACCUUACGCGUCGCCAGUAAGGCGCCAUUGAAACAUUCGCAAGUUUGGUCACCACAGUGCAUGUUUGAGUCGGCAAACCCCUCUACCUAUCUCACUCAACUGAGAUUUGCAAAGUUUUUCGUCGAAUUGUCUCAUUACUAGCGUGUGACUGAGCAUAAACCGCCGAGUAAGCACUCGGAAUAACGGAAAAAAGUUGACAAGAUGACUACGAUGGCUUCGCUCUUCUCUUUCACCCCUCCUGCGGUGAAAAGACUUCUUGGCUGGAAGCAAGGCGACGAGGAGGAAAAAUGGGCUGAAAAAGCCAUUGAGUCUCUGGUUAAGAAGCUAAAGAAGAAAAAGGGCGCCUUGGAAGAGCUGGAAAAAGCUCUGUCUAACCCUGGACAACCUUCCAAAUGUGUUACAAUCACACGCAGUUUGGAUGGCCGCCUUCAAGUCUCUCACCGAAAGGGUCUGCCGCAUGUAAUCUAUUGUCGCGUUUGGCGAUGGCCCGAUCUUCAAAGCCACCACGAAUUAAAACCUUUAGAUUGCUGCGAAUAUGCCUUUGGGCUAAAGCAGAAAGAAGUCUGUAUUAAUCCCUACCACUACAGACGUGUAGAAAGCCCAGUAUUACCACCAGUACUUGUUCCGAGGCAGAGCGAAUAUCCAAGACCUCCUCCACCACUGCCUUCUCCAUUUCGAAGCGCCGAAGACCCACCGAUGCCCUACAAUGCUUCUUUUCCAUUCCAAAAUCGCCAAAAUCAACUUGAUCACAGUGCAAACACCUUUGAUAUGCCAGACACACCUACAGGUUAUAUGUCUGAGGAUGGUGGAUCUCCUCGUCCUGUUGACCCAAAUGCAAUGGAAGUGGACAAUGUCAACUCCCCACCAGCUGUGUCACCACAGACAGAUUUGCGACAUGUUACCCCAGUUAAUUACCAGGAGCCAUCUUCAUGGUGUUCAGUCUCUUACUAUGAGCUGAAUAACAGAGUUGGUGAACAGUUUCAAGCAAGCUCAACCAGCAUCUUUGUAGAUGGAUUCACAGAUCCAAACACAGCAAAUUCAGAGAGAUUCUGUCUGGGUCUGUUGUCUAAUGUAAAUCGCAAUUCAACCAUUGAAAGUACAAGGCGACAUAUUGGUAAAGGUGUGCAUCUGUACUAUGUGGGUGGAGAGGUUUUUGCUGAAUGCCUCAGUGACUCUGCCAUCUUUGUGCAGAGUAGAAAUUGUAACCACAUUCAUGGCUUUCAUCCAACAACAGUGUGCAAGAUUCCUUCAAGUUGCACACUUAAAAUUUUCAACAGCCAAGAAUUUGCCCAGUUGCUCUCACAAUCUGUCAAUUAUGGUUAUGAGGCAGUGUAUGAGCUGACAAAGAUGUGUUCCAUUCGUCUGAGUUUUGUCAAAGGCUGGGGAGCUGAGUAUCAUCGCCAAGAUGUUACCAGUACACCAUGCUGGAUUGAAAUCCAUCUCCAUGGUCCCUUGCAGUGGCUUGACAAGGUGCUGAUUCAGAUGGGGUCACCUCGAAAUCCAAUUUCUUCUGUUUCCUGAGAACUUUAGUGUAGUUAAUUUGGCAGCAGUGCAUCAUUGGCAUUGUGUUAUUUGGGUAGUUAGGUUUAUGCUGUUGGCUUUGAAAGCAGUUUAUGAAUCAGUGUUUUAAACUUUAUUUGCUCCUUUAUAUUUGUGUGGUUGUGUUGUUUUGCUAAAUCUAUUGAGACCUGGAAUUCAGGCUUUGAUGAGCAGGUUUUCUCUAAAGUUAAGGAGCAGUGCUCACAAAUAGUAAACAUAACAGUUGUUUUUACUAUACAUAUUCCAUACUUUUUGAUUCAAAUGAAAGUUUUCUUUAUUCUGACAAAAGAAAUCAUAUUAUCAUGGUCCUCAUAUGUUAUUAUUAUGCUACCCUGUCGUAUGCAAAAUAUUUCUUGUUUCAUCAUGAAUACAUAUUAUAAAUAUACUCUCUUGGUUAAUGUUUGAAUGCUAUAUUUGCUUUUCUAUUACCUCCCUCCAUCUGACAGUGAAAUUUCCUUUUUUGAGGUUUCUCAUCUUUUUGUCUGUUAGUUUUUACACCUGUGGCCUUAUACACAUGAAUUUUUUCUUUCAUCCUUUGCAUUAGUUUCUGCUUCUCAAAAUAAUGGCAUCAUAUGGAGGUGAAUCAUUUUUGGAGGAGGGGGGUGGGGGGGCCAAAAGCUUAACCUUUUCACUCCAAAGAUCUGACUAGUAACUCUCCCUAGUAGGUGUUAGACAAUUUCUUUCAAAUUAGUUAGGAGAAGUGGUAAAACACGACACCAGCUGAUUUUGGUGAAAGGUAUGUCUAGUGAUAAUUAACAACUGCUGUAACAAAGAUGAAAUAAAGAAAUCUUUUCGUGA